AUGGCUGUUGAUACUUUAGAAUCGACACGCUCUAGGCCAGGCUCAGCUGGUGAUCCACAAGGCACACCAACAAUCUUGUCACACUUGCUGACACUACCAUCACAAACCUUGAUACGACUGUUCUCUUAUCCAUCAAAUGCUUUGGCCAUCUUUCGAUUAUUGCCGCCUAUUGCAAGACAUCUGAUCUUCACCUUGCUCUUCCUUCCAGAUCCACCUCAUCUGGCUACCAGUGAUUGGAUCGGUAAAAGAGGAAGAAAAGGUUUGCUUGCUUCAAAGGAUGUACUGAGUCGAUUGGGCAUCAUUCGUGAACAGAAUGACAACGUCUACUUGAAUGUCAAAUGGACUGAAUCAUUGCGAAGGGCAUUGAUUGGAGGAGGCGAUCAUCAAUCUUUUGGUGUUCCAAGUCAUACACCCGCCGAACAGCGUCUCACACCUGCUCAGCUAGAUGAAUUCGCUUUGAGGAAUUGGGAAUCCAUUUUGCUCUAUAUGGUGGCUUCAGAGGAUGUACGAACACCAAGUAGACAAGUCCUGCAUCUUUUGAGGUCGGCUGGAUUAAUGCAAAGUGCAUCUACAAUGGGUGAAGGAAGAGCAAGAUCACAAUCAUCAAAUGAUCGUUUGAACGAUUUGUUAAUCACCUCAAAAGGUUUUCAAUUCCUUCUUGAUGAUGUUUCGGCACAAUUGUGGAUGCUUUUGCAUUCCUACUUGAUCACUCUAUCCGAAUCAGCUUCAUCGGAAGAGGCCAAUACCACGUCAGACAUUGUGGAACAUCUUACGUUCUUGUUCACGCUGGGGUCUGCUACCUUGGGACAGGAUUAUGAGAUUUCAUCUUUGACAGAAUCGCAACAAGAGAUGCUUGACUUCUUUUCCGAUCUUGGCUUGAUUUUUAGACGGCGACAAUCUAGCACGACAUUCUAUCCAACAAGAUUGAUUACCACUCUUACAAAUGCCGGACAAUUACCAUUGCUCGGUAGCAGCAAUACUGAUGGUGAUGAUGAAAAAGGCUUUGUAAUCUUGGAAACGAACUACAAAAUCUAUGCAUAUACCAAUAAUCCACUUCGGAUCAAUAUUCUCAGUCAGUUCGUUCAAACUCGAGCAAGGUUUCCGAAUCUGGUCACUGGAAUCAUUACGAGGGACAGUGUGAAAAGAGCAUUGGAUAAAGGAAUUAGUGCAGAACAAAUUAUCAUGUAUCUAACCCAUCAUGCACAUCCACAAAUGUUCAAGAAUAAUCCGCUUCUACCCGUAACAGUAACGGAUCAAAUUCGAUUAUGGGAACGUGAAACUAAUCGUGUUCAACCGGAAGAAGGUGGAAUGUUGUCCGGUUUCAUUUCAGGUGCCGAUUUUGCACUUGUACGAGAAUAUGCCGAACAGAUGGGCGUUUUGAUGUGGCAUGAUGCUGAUUUACGCAAGAUGUUUGUCACUUCCAAUGGAAUACAGCCUAUCCGUGAUUUCAUCGAACGUCGUGUUGCUGCUGAAAGAUGAGUUUGCAUUCAACAAUAUACUCUGUACCAGUAUUAGCCACUUUGUAUUAUAGCAAUUCAAUCGUAAAUCAUACAAU